UCUACUACACGCAAAAUAUAUAAAAAGCUCGAAAUGGGAAUUGUUUCUCAGUAUCAGUGCAUCACAGUUUUACACAAUUACUAAGGAAUCAAAAACAAACGAUUGAUUAAUGAUGCAGAAGAACAUUAUAAUUUUGCUUGUAGCCAUGCUUGCUGUUCAGUUAGUAGUUGCCGAAUUUAAUGCAAAAAUGAAAUAUGUUAACCAACCCAACUUGGUAUUUGGUAAAAAUCCAAAUAAAGAAGAUAAAUCAGAGGAAAAUAAAUCAUCAAAAUCAUCAGAUGCACAAGAUGACUAUUUCGAACCACCACCAGACUCACAAGGUAUGGAUAUACCAACUACCUAUUCACAAGAAGGCUUACCACCACCAAGAAAACCACUUCCUGACACAUUUUAUGAUCCACAAACAGAAGUACAAGAGGAUUAUUUCGAACCACCGCCAGACUCACAAGGUAUGGAUAUACCAACAACCUACUCACAAGAAGGCUUACCACCACCAAGAAAACCACUUCCGGACACAUUUUUUGAUCCACAAUACGAAGCACCAAUAACAACACCAGAACCAUAAUUUUCUAAUCUAGAUGUAGACCAGAUAACCAUGGGAGUAUUUUGCACGAAAACACCAUUUGAGCCAGUUGACGAUACCCCCAGUGGUUAUUAAAGGUUAAAUUUAAAAUUUAAUGUAACUGAAAAUAAUGUAAAUGCUAAAUAAACAUAUUAAGAAAUUUAAAAUGAAA